UACGGUUAACGUAUCGUAGUAGUGUGUAUCAUUUUAGCAAUGGCUAGAGUCCUAUAUCUCAUUCUUUCAACCAUCUUUCUACCCUUUUCGAUUGUAGCACAACAAAUAAAUGGAACUGGUUCUGUACCGGUGGGUACAUCGCUCACAGCAACAGAAAAUGGCAUGCCAUGGCUCUCACCUUUGGGUGAUUUUGCCUUUGGGUUCCAACAAAUUCAGCAAAAAGAGAGCUUUCUGUUAUCCAUAUGGUAUGACAAAAUACCUAAUAAGACCGUCGUUUGGUAUCCAGAAGGUGGUCCUAUGGUGCCUAGAGGAUCAAAAGUUGAGCUACGUGAUGGGCGUGGGCUCGUACUAAGUGAUCCUCAAGGCAAAGUGGUAUGGACUUCAGAGUCCAAUAUUUCGGAUCGUGCAUAUGGUUUUAUGAACGAUACUGGUAACUUUGUGAUUGUUGAUGGCAUUUCCCGCAAGGUGUGGGAGAGCUUUCGCUUUCCAACAGAUACAAUACUUCCUACUCAGGUUAUGGAGAGAUCUGGAGAGCUAAUAUCAAAGAUAAGCGAAACAAACUUCACUUUGGGAAGAUUUCAGUUGACUUUGCUUCAAGAUGGAAAUCUUAUUCUUAGGAAGCGCGAUAUACGAUCUGGUGUUUUAUAUAACACGUACUAUAGAAGUGGCACCCGUGACUCCAAUAGGUCGAUUGCUGGUAAACAGUUGAUCUAUGACGAGACAGGAUACAUGUAUGUAUUGAAAGGAAGUGGCCAAAUAGUUGAUCUUAAUCGGAAAGAUGCAAUUGAUUCUAGACUUUAUUACCAAAGAGCAACUCUAGAAUCUAAUGGGGUUUUCACUCAAUAUUAUUACCCCAAGAAUCCUACUGGCAAUACAGACUGGACAGUUUUACGGCCCCUGCCAGACUACAUAUGUGACUGGAUCGAUGGGACCGAUGGUACCGGAGCUUGUGGGUUUAACAGUGUUUGCAGCCUUGAUGGUAACCGCGUAAACUGUGAGUGCCCGAAGGGGUUUUCUUUGCUUGAUCCCAAUGAUCCAAUUGGUGAUUGCAAGCCUGUUUCCGCUCCAACCUGCGAUGAAGGUUAUGAUGGAAACCAGUUUGAUUUCAUCGAACUCACCAACAUUGAUUGGCCAGGAUCUGAUUAUGUGCGUGUGGAGCCAACUAAUGAAGAAACUUGCAAAACUUUCUGCUUACAAGAUUGUUUAUGUGCUGUUGCGAUUUACCGAGACCAGAGAUGCUGGAAGAAGAAGCUUCCACUCUCUAAUGGAAAGAAGGAUCCUUCACUAGUUGUGAAGGCCUUCCUGAAAUAUCGGAUAGGUGACCUUCCUAAUGAAACCCCUUAUGUAUCUUCAAAGGAAAAGAACAAUCAGAGAAGCUUGAUAGUUGUGAUCUUAAGUACAUGUGUGUUUGUAAUUUUCUUAUUGUGUGGUGUGAUUUGUGUGGGUUUCUUUCUCAUACACAAGAAGACCACAAUAAAUCAUUACCCAAGUAGUAAAUUGGUUGAUACCAAUCUUCCCCGUUUCACAUAUCAAGAGUUGGUUGAAGCUACCAGCGGGUUCAAGGAUGAACUGGGAAAAGGGGCUUUUGGGACGGUUUAUAAAGGCGUAAUAGGGGUAAAAACUGUGGCAGUGAAGAAGUUAGAUAGGGUGUUCGAAGAUGGUGAUAAGGAAUUCAAGAGCGAGGUCAAUGCUAUUGCAAAGACUCAUCACAAAAACUUGGUCCAACUUCUUGGUUAUUGUGAUGAUGGUGAUCAUCGGCUAUUGGUUUAUGAGUACAUGAGCAAUGGCACGUUGGCAGGCUUUCUUUUUGGAGACAUGAAACCGAGUUGGAAAUUGAGGAGUGAUGUUAUUGUAGGCAUCGCAAAGGGACUUGCAUACCUCCAUGAAGAAUGUAGCACCCAAGUCAUCCACUGUGACAUAAAGCCUCAAAACAUACUUCUUGAUGAUAGCUACAAUGCUAAAAUUUCUGACUUUGGAUUGGCAAAGCUUUUGAUGAUGGAUCAAAGUCGAACGAGUACUGGAAUACGAGGAACAAAAGGAUAUGUUGCUCCUGAGUGGUUUAGGAAUGCCCCGGUUACGGUAAUGGUUGAUGUCUAUAGCUUUGGUGUGUUGCUACUAGAGAUGAUUUCAUGCAGAAAGAGUGUGGUUAUUAAUGAGAGUGAUUCUAAAGAUGUGGUGGCGGUUUUAACUGAUUGGGCAUGGGAUUGCUAUCAAGAAGGUAAACUAGACGUGUUUCUUGAGAAUGAUUUGGAGGCCUUAGAUGACUACAAGAGGCUAAUGACGUUUGUUAAGGUUGGACUUUGGUGCGUACAAGAAAACCCUUCGAUGCGGCCAACCAUGAGGAAGGUUAUCCAGAUGCUCGAAGGCGUUGUUGAAGUAAACAAACCUCCAUGCCCGUUCCCUUUCUCUGUUACAUCUACUUAGUCAUCAUACUGCCACCCUGGUAGUUUCUUCUAUACUUCUGUAUUUUGGUUUUUGUGCUUAAAUAAGUCUGUGUUAGCGUUAUUUAACUAGUUGAGUUUAAAUUCAUUUGAAAAUGGAAAUUGUAGAAUGUUUCUAUCUAUCUAGUUCUUUGAUAGUUGUUCAAAAGCUAGGUUGGUUUUGUUGUAUGUUAUGUCAAUUCAUCUUGAAGGUGAUAUUGAUUACUAAAACUUUCAA